UGUCCAACAAAGGGUUUCAUUGCAAUAAGAAUCAAGGUGUGUCUGUGUUCUUACCCAGAGCUCAAACAAUGCCAGCCUUCCAGACCAGCCCAAGAGUUUGGGGUGGGGAAACAGAGUCAUUAUAGAACAUCUUCAUUCCUCUGCUCAGAAAGCACCAGAGUUAUCACCCAUGCCCUCCUAAAAGGGCAUCUUGAAGCACAUCUUGCUGCAGAGCUGAAUUCAGAACCUGGAGGACUAGGACUAAAAUCACAUCUCACUGGGGUUCGUGUGCAAGAGAGACUCGAAGGAAUGGAUUGGCUCCUUUUCAGGAACAUUUGCCUUUUGAUCAUUUUAACGGUGGUGCUGGAAGUAAACAGCGAAUUUAUUGUUGAGGUGAAAGAAUUAGACAUUGAAAAAGGCACUACAAAAUGGCAGACCGUCAGAAGACAAAAGCGGGAGUGGAUCAAGUUUGCUGCUGCCUGCCGAGAAGGAGAGGACAACUCCAAGAGGAAUCCAAUUGCCAGAAUUCGAUCAGACUGUGAAGCAAACCAGAAGAUUACAUACCGCAUUUCUGGGGUAGGAAUUGAUCGACCACCUUACGGAGUAUUCACCAUUAAUCCUCGGACUGGGGAAAUUAAUAUCACUUCAGUGGUGGACAGAGAGAUAACUCCACUUUUCUUGAUCUAUUGCCGGGCUCUGAAUUCACGGGGUGAAGAUUUAGAAAGACCUCUUGAGCUUCGAGUCAAGGUUAUGGACAUAAAUGAUAACCCUCCAGUUUUUACACAAAAUGUGUACACAGCCAGCAUUGAAGAAAACAGUGAUGCAAACACAUUGGUUGUAAAGUUAAGUGCUACAGAUGCAGAUGAAGACAAUCAUCUGAAUUCUAAAAUAGCCUAUAAGAUCAUCUCUCAGGAGCCAGCAGGUGCACCAAUGUUCAUCCUGAACAGGUAUACUGGAGAAGUCCGCACGAUGUCCAGUUUCCUUGACAGAGAGCAACACAGUAUGUAUAACCUCCUUGUGAGGGGCUCAGAUCGAGAUGGAGCUAUAGAUGGACUGUCCUCUGAGUGCGACUGUAGAAUCAAGGUUUUAGAUGUCAAUGAUAAUUUUCCCACCUUGGAGAAAACUUCUUAUUCAGCAACUAUUGAAGAGAACUGUCUAAGCUCAGAACUGAUACGAUUACAAGCAAUUGAUCUUGAUGAAGAAGGCACUGAUAAUUGGUUGGCAAAAUAUUUAAUUCUCUCCGGAAAUGAUGGGAAUUGGUUUGAUAUUCAAACAGACCCACGAACCAAUGAGGGCAUUUUGAAAGUCGUCAAGAUGCUGGAUUAUGAACAAAUGCCUAAUAUUCAUCUUGGUAUCGGAGUUAAAAACCAAGCUGAAUUUCACCACUCAGUGGCCUCUCGAUUCCAAAUGCACUCAACCCCUGUGAGAAUUCAGGUUGUUAAUGUGAAAGAAGGACCCGCAUUUCAUCCAAAUUCUAUGAUUUUCAGUAUACGGGAAGGGAUAAGAGGAAAUUCCUUAUUGAAUUAUGUGCUUGGCACAUAUAAGGCAAUAGACUUGGACACGGGAAAUCCUGCCACAAAUGUCAGGUAUGUCAUAGGACAUGAUGCAGGCAGCUGGUUAAAAGUAGAUUCAAGGACUGGUGAGAUAAAAUUUUCUAGGGAAUUUGAUAAGAAGUCAAAAUAUAUUACCAAUGGGAUAUACACAGCAGAGAUCCUGGCUGUAGAUGAUGGCUCUGGGAAAACAGCAACAGGAACCAUAUGUAUCGAAGUUCCUGAUGUCAAUGAUUAUUGUCCAGUUGUUUUUGCUGAAAGUGAAUACAUAUGCAUUGACUCUCCAUCGAUCCUUAUCUCUGCAAGAGACAUUAGUGAUCAUUCUUAUGGGUCUCCCUAUACCUUCUGUGUUGUUGAUCAGCCACCAGGGACAGCAGACUUAUGGGAUAUCAAACCAAAAAAUGCUACCUUCGCAAUCCUGACAGCUAAGCAGCGUUUAAGUCCCAUGCUCUACCAAAUCCCAAUCAUCGUGAAGGACAGCUAUAACCGAGCAUGUGAAUUGCCACAGAUUGUGGUGUUAGAAGCCUGUGAUUGUGACAACGACCACAUAUGCUUGUACUUUAGUACCACGGGCAUCAACACAGGGGAUGGCAGCUCAGUUACCAGCGAUAUAUACGGGUCUGUCACUGAUGACCAACUUGGGAGUUCAAAUGUUGGUCUCGGACCAACAGGGAUUGGCAUGAUCGCUCUGGGACUCCUACUACUACUUUUGUCACCACUCUUGCUGCUCAUGUGUUGCUGCAAACGAAGACAGCCCGAAGGCCUGGGGACGAGGUUUGCUCCUGUGCCAGAGGGAGGUGAUGGAGUGAUGCAGUCUUGGAGAAUCGAAGGGGCCCAUCCUGAGGACAGGGAUGUGUCAAAUAUAUGUGUACCAAUGACAGCCUCUAAUACCCAGGAUCGUAUAGAUUCUUCUGAAAUCUACACUAACACCUACGCUGGUGGAGGAACAGUUGAAGGAGGUGUGUCAGGAGUGGAACUCAACACGGGGCUGGGGACAGCUGCCAGUCUGGCCAUCGAAGAUGCAGCAGGAGCGCGGCGGAGGAGGAGUUCCACUAUAGGAACUCAGUGGGAAUAUGCAGAUAUGGGCCUGAACAUGGCUUUCUUGGACAGUUAUUUCUCUGAGAAAGCAUAUGUUUAUGCAGAUGAAGAUGAAGGUCGGCCAGCAAAUGACUGCUUACUCAUCUAUGACCACGAGGGAGUAGGGUCUCCUGUUGGCUCCAUUGGUUGCUGCAGCUGGAUUGUGGAUGAUUUAGAUGAAAGCUGCAUGGAAACUUUAGAUCCAAAAUUCAGGACUCUGGCUGAAAUCUGCUUAGACACAGAAAUUGAGCCAUUUCCUUCACAGCAGGCCUGUAUACCUAUCAGUACUGACCUGCCUUUGCUGGGGCCUAAUUAUUUUGUUAAUGAUUCUUCAGGAAUGACCCUCUCAGAGGCUGAAUUCCAGGCAGAAAUGGCAAUACCUGAGCCCAUAAUCCAUGGGGAUAUCGUAGUGACCGAGACAUACUCAACUGCUGACCAAUGUAUGCAACCCACUACAAUUGUUAUUGAUCCUCAGCUUGCACCCAAUGUUGUAGUGACUGAAACAGUGAUGGCACCUGUUUAUGAUGUCCAAGGGAAUAUCUGUGUACCUGCUGAGCUAGCCAACGCACACAAUGUAAUCUAUACUGAGAGAGUGCUAUCUAGUCCUGGUAUGCCUGACAUGAACAGCAGUACCAUGACUGAUGGCUGUAUGGGACCUGUAAUGAGUGGCGGUAUUUUGGUAGGGCCAGAAAUUCAAGUGACACAAAUGGUGAGUCCCAACGUUCAUAUAAGCCAAACCACUGGUUCCACAUCCCCAAUGACAUCUCGACACAGAGUAACACGGUAUAGUAACAUACAUUACGCCCAACAAUAGUGCUUUUGGUCAAUACUCUAUAUGGAGACCUUGUACUUUGUAAUCACCCACAUAUCCAUUAAAGGUAUAAAUGUAUUAUAUUUAACAUUUUAAUAGCCAACAAAUAUUCAGAUAUUCUAAGAUCAAUGCUACUCUUUGAAUAUGUCUUUUGCGGGGGGUGGUGAAUAUGGCUAAGCACUUUAGAUAAGCCUUUUAUAAUUCUUUCUGGUUUUAAAUAAUGUGCCAAAAACUUAAAAUCUUUUAUUUCCUUUGAUACUGUCUAAUAAAUAGCACAUAACUCAUAAGGUGAAUCUUAGAGAUCUUCAGGUCUAUAGGACUAGUCAUACAAGCCAAGAUGCCCUUGUUCUUGGAGGUUGCAAAAGAAGUCAUGACUACAAUUACCAGUCAUAUUUAUCUUUUGAGAAAUAUUUCUGUUAAAAAAUUUUAAUUGAAAAACUGAAUGAAGUGUACAUUUCUGAAAGAAGGUUGGAAAGGACAAUAGAGCAUCUAUCAUUAGCAGCCUGAAAUCAUUUGUCUCUUCAAUAGUUUCUCAAGAUAUGCAAUAUUUAGGGCAUAACUAAUAUAUUACAGGGAGAGAGUUUGACAGCUGAGUGCAUUACUGAAAAUAGUUCACUGAAAAGAAUUACAUAUAUAUAGAUAUGCAUAUAUACAUUAAUCAAUAUGGGUGAAUUUUUAUCAUACUUUAUUGAUUUAUAUCAGUAACUGUAAAUUAAUUUACGAUAGUAAAAAGAAUUAUGACAACAAUAGAGUACAAACAGUUCUUAGGGAAAGCAUUAAAGUAUUUCCUUCUUAGAAUGUUUUCUCUAUUCUUCCUAUGUCAGAAAACCAUAUUAAAUAUGGUUUACUCCAUUUUGUUGACCCAAGUCAUAGAGCUUUCAUUUAGCGAUAGGGUAUUCUCCAAAGUACCUCUCUGGUUAUGCAUAUAUUCAACAAUAUUUACUCAGAAGCUACUAUGUGUUGAGUGCUGGUCUUGUCUCUGUGAAUAAAUACGUGAAGAAGACAAACAUGAUUUACCCGUCUUCUAGAACUUCUAACUCAUCUGUAGCCUUAAAACUCUGGGGAUACAGCUUUGAGUUCCUGCCAAGAAUAAUUAACAAAAUAUUUAAGUCCAUUACCAAGUUGUGUUUCUCUUUUUAACACUGCUAUAUUAUGUUGAAUUAAUAAAACAGAAACACAUACACAGAUUGCUUGCUUUUAGUAGGUAUAAAGUGGGCUUAAGAGAAAGAAGUUCUAGCAAGAUAAUUUCAUUUAAUUCUGUAAAAUAUGUAAACUAUAUAGUAGCAACUAUAAUGUGACUCAUAAAAUAAUGUAAAUGAAAUAAACUUAUUUUCAGGGCUUAUUCCUUUUGGAAGGAAAUAACUGUAGUGCUUCUUGCUUAAUUUGUUCCUUUAUAAAUAAAACUACUCUAGAAUUUG